AAUUGAGAGAAAGGGAGCAUGGUUUCUCUUCUCCGGUUGGGUGAAUGUCUGCACCCUUCCAUGUUUAUGGUUCUAUUCUAUGUUUAUGGCUACGUCUCCGGGUGUCUCUCCUUCUUCUUCAAGUCCUCUCUCAACCCUUCCUUCUUACCCUCAAAAAUCCAACAUGAUGGUUUCCACGGGAAAUCCCUCUUGCUUGGCCAAAAUCUUGCAGCAAAAAAGGCUGUGAAGAUGGAGGCAUAUGUUAGUCCCACCAUGGGAGAUGUCAAGGAGAGGAAAGCUGGAUUCAAAGAGAAGGUGUUCAUGUUUGUUUCAAAAAUCAAUCCAAAAGGCAAAUCAUGGUUGAUGAAAUGGGAAACUGAGCAUAAAAAACUCAGUUUCAUGGUAUGUUCUUCAUUCAUCUUUUUUGUUUGGUAUGGAUAUGUUUUGAGUUUUCCCAAGAAAACUCUUCAUGGAUGUGGCUAUGAUGUUCUAAACUCGCACGGCUUCAUGGCAAAGAAUGUUUGAUGGAGAUGAUGGCAAACUGAGCACAUCUCAGUUUCAUUCUUUGUUCUUCAACCAUCUUUUAUGUUUGUAUUUCUGAAUGUUAAGAGUUUUUUCAUUAAAAAAAAAAAUGAAAAACUCUUCAUGUUUAUGUACUUGUGAACCCAUGGCUUUAUGGCAAAGAAGUUUGAUGGAGGAGCAACCAAGACCAAGCACAAAAUCACAACUUGAGAAUGUACUGAAGCAAAAAAGAUCCACGGACAAAGCUGCUGCAAUGGUGGAGUUGCUGAAAAUGUUUAAGGCUCAUGAAUUUUUUCAAACAAAAAAAAUCUAACAAAGAUGAAGCUGAUUUGCAGGAGGAGCUGAAAUAUUUGAGAAGAUGGUACUAGGCAGCAAACAACAACAAACCAAACCAAAGACAAAACUGAAAAUGGCAGAUUCAAUGUGCUAAAGUAAAAUUGUGUUUCUGCAGCUUUAAUGCCAAGGAGGAGUUUGUUGGAGUUAUGGCAUGAAAGCUGAAUAUGUAGUGAAAUGAGAUCUGCUAAAUGAUGCUGCAACAUGACUGCACAGUAGUAGCAAAGUGACAGCAGCAUGGAGCUUCACAUGAGCUACAAGAAAUGGCAGCAAACUUCAUCAUUUUAGUCAAUGUUUUAGGUAGUUAAUAAUUAUAGUUUAGGUAG